UGUGUCCCUGCUUUCCAGAAAACCGCGCGUUCGGCAUCAUCACGCGCGCGGCCUCGCGGUCCCCUUUCCGAGCUCAUGGUGGCCAUGCUGCGUGAUGCUCGUGGGUCCCUGGAAGGUGCGCUGUGCUCUCUCUGAUCUUUUCCCCUCAUCCGCGUCUGCGCACUUCACAGGGUUUGCUUGACAGUACUACCGCGCACUGCUCACAAUGGCUUCGUCAAGUAGUCAAGCUGUGGCCGGGCCGUCGUCGACGGAACAGGAGAUCGACCGAGCCCUGGAAGACCUGGGUGAGGAUGCGUCGGAGAUUCUCGAGAUGCAGACGGCCGCGCAGGAGAUAUACCUGGAGUACUCGCGCCAGAUGUCGCAGGCCAUGUAUGGGUAUGCGCUGUUACCGACGCUGGACAUGUUCCAGACGGAGUGUAACUUGGUAAGUGUCCAUAAAACGUUCAGCACGCGGUCCCUGGACACUCAAAACGUCGACGCAUUGGUUGCGAACUUCAACACGAGUACGUACCAAAAUCUACUGCAUCCCCAUCGGGUUGAGGUUGCGAUUGCCGAGGAGGCGUUCGACUUCCCCGCGAACCAAGACUGGCACCAUCCCGAACAACUGCCGUGGGUGAAGCUCAAGCCACGGGAGCUCGGCGCGGGGGAGCACAGCGACGCGCCGCGAACACACGCCGCGUACACGCUCAUCGGGCAGCAUCGGAUCGAGGCGAGCAAGCAGAUGCUCCAGUCGUACGUGGAGACCAUGGCGAAAACCGAUGCGGAGCUCGCCGCGAUAGGAGAGAACAGUCCGAGGUCGAAGGGGUUGCGCACGAAGCGCGAAAAGCUGUACGACCGCCUUCGCAAGCACGGAUGCUGGCUAUGCGUCGUAUAUAAGUAUGGGUCGCUGGGCGACAGGAAAGCGGCGGAGUGGCAUGCACAGAACAAGUCGUAUCCGAGCAAGGGGGAGACGCCGGAGGAGCAAAUGCGCCAGAACAUGCGCGAAUUGUACAAAUGGCGAUCCACCGGGUCGGCCAAGGACUUGCUUCAGGCGCACAUCCGGCUAAGUACCAUCGUCCACAACAUCCGGCCACCAGGCACGUCCGGCAGCAUGCUGCAGACGGCCCUCACGCACAUGUACCGCAACCCCGCCAUCCGGCAUUUCCUGUGCUCACUCACGCCCAUCCUCGACGCCUCGCUCCCUCUGUACAACGAUGGGUCCGAUCCCACGAAAACGCGGGGGUUCGGGCGUCAUUACUACGACCGGUGCGCGCUGUUCGCCGUCAGCUCUUGGCGACGCGUGUUUGCGAAAGGAGGUGGGAUCACGCUCUUCGCGAUGAUGCGGAUGCAGUGGGUUAUGGGUGUCAUCGGCUCCAAGGAGUCUUUCCACGGCAUCAAAGAAGUCGAGGAGAUCUGCGACGAAUACGACAAGGCACGCGUGUCCAGGGAUAGGUACCUGCGAAUGAAGCAAGCCCCGCUCAACGCGUCCGAGAAUGCUGCAGCCGACCGGAAGACGGAACUCGCGAUGUACGCCGUCGCGCACGAUUUGGACGAGGUGGAUGGUGCGAUUUCGUCGACGGUCGCCCGGUCGGCCGACCGUCUUCAGCGCGAGUACACGCGCGGCGCGCAGUUGCCCAACUACGAGCUAUGGACCGACGAGAUGCUAGACACCGUCGACCAGUUCGCGACCGACCACCUCGUGGAUGCCGCCUCCCUCGGGGUGCGUUGCAAGCAGGGUUUCUCCAUGAUGAACCAAUACAGCUCUGCGCUCAUCAACCAGCUGCGGUUGAAGGCGGGGGGUGCGCUAGGUCAGGAGGACGAUGAUGAGGAUCUGCUGGCGACGGAAGGAGACCCGCAGACGCCUCGGAGCAAGAAACGCGCUUGGGCUAAGAAACGCGUCAAGGCGCACAAGAAGCAUAUGGAACAUGUCAUUGGCCGUCUCGCAUACGCGUACUACAACUGGACGGUGUUGGAUGAUGCUGAGUUCACGCCGGAGCUGCCGCUGUUGACGUGCCAUGCCAUCUCGCUGGUCGGCGCCCAGGUCGGGAUGUACUCGCGAGGGUGGGAACGGGUUGCGCACAUGUUCGAACCGACGGCGUACUCACCGCAUAUCAAUUCCAACGCGUCGGCGGCCACCAACACCAAGGACAAGGUUGAGGCAGACAAGACGCUCCAUGCGCUGAUGGCGACGGUCAAUACGCCGUACCUCAAGACUGGCUCGGUCCGGGACUUCACGCAGUCCGACAGCGUUCAUUGGGCACUUGCGCGCGAAUUCUUCGGCGAUAGACACACCUUCGUCGCGUUGCUCCAGGACUGCUCUGGUAGCCCGCCGGCAUCCGUCUCGAUGUUCCGUGCCCUGACGCGGGACUCGCUCAGGAUGACCUACAUGCCGCUCACGCAGGACGUCCCCACUGUGGUAUCCAAGGCGGCCAAGUUCACCGUGAAAGGCAACGGCAAGGGGAAGGGGAAGGCGAAGUCAGAGGAGAAGGCGCGCGCGGACUCCAGCGCCCUCGCGCAGGACCAUGACAACGCUGUGAAGCAAUUCGCGGUGUCGCCAGCAGGGACCGUCUUCCCCAAGCUGGACAUCAGGCAGCACGUCAAGAUGUUUUCGUCAAACCUCAGAUGCGUCACCGACGCCAUCGCGAUGAAGACACCUGACCUCCUCCAGGACACCGGUAUCAGUCUUGACACCCCCGCCAUGCGUGCGCUCAUGCACACGACAGCCAGCACGGCGGAGAAGAAGAGCGCCGCCCCCGCUGCGGCUGCCGGUAAGAAAGGGAACGCGUCUGCGGGCCCCGUCGCGGGAUUCACCGCUGACAUCGCUGAGGCGGACACCGUGGAGGGCGUGGGCAGCGUGACCGCUGCGGCUGUGCCCAAGGCUGCGACUCGCGUCUUGGUUCCAAUGGUUGUCUACUUGCUGAACGAGGUCGCCAUUGCGCAACUCCUGUACAACGACCCAGGGUCAAAGUGGUGGUCGAAGCCUAUCGGCGAGUUCCGCGAGAAGUAUCGUCUGCUCAUGGACUCCUUUAUCGACAGGAAUGGGUCUCCGGAUGCGAAACACGCCCACUUCCAGUGGUGGGACCUCGACAAGCCGAAGCCGGAGUGGGAUGCGCACCCUGUCCCGCAGUGGUACGUGGACGGCGAACCGAAUCCGCAGCUCCUUCUGUGGAAGAAAGGGCUGGACCAGAUGGGUCUCGUCCUUACCAAGCAGAAGAACGGUCCUGGCACCCCAUGGCAGAAGGGAAGCGGCGCGGCCGGUGGCAGCGGCGGCGACAAGCCUGGCGAUACGGCCGACAACGCCAUGGACGUUGACGAACUAGCGGACCCAUCAUCGUCGGCGCCAAAGGGAAAGGCGACUGGGAAGGCGAGACGAACGACGGCGGCCAGUCCUCCGAGUGCGCAGGCCGCGGAAGCCGAACAGGCAUUGACGAAGCUGAUGCAGUCGUUCCUGAAGCAUCGCUUUCUUUUGCCGCCCGAAAUGCAGGCCAAGAAGGGCAGGGGCAAGGGCAAGAGCACUGCGGCCGGCGUCGCCACCGUCGAUCAUGCUGCGAAGGUCGCGCUGACGCAGCUGUGGAACGUGUGCAAGUUCUUGAUCGCUCGCAACCACCAUCGCUCCGUUCAGCUCGAGAAACAGACCCCCGGUCAGUUCAAUGACGUCUCGACGUUCGAGGGCCACAGUUACAAGUGGCAGAACAUUGCCGACGCGCCCGACCUCACGUUCAGCAGUACUCUCGACGAGGACACUGAAUAUCCUUGGUGGGCCGAGCUCACCAACGACCUGUCGGGGGUGCCCGCUGGUGAUCUUGUGGGUGAUCUGCUGCAUGUUCUGGAGAGCAAAGGCCGCGAGUUCGCGCCGCACACGAAGCUCCGACACCCCGACUUUGCCGCGACUGCGUACGAAGCGGAUGAGGAGUCGGCAAGUCAUCGGCAAGUGCAGCGUAUGGAACGGUUGAAUGACCUCGUCGGCGACUCAGUCGACGACUGGAUCCAGCAGCUGCAGAAGCACACGGUUGAGGCCAACAUAGAGCGGAUAGUCAAGCACGCCCGCGAAAUGGACGUAUACGAGCCACUCCAGAGCCACCACGACCGUGCCAUGGAAAUCCUCGAACUGCUUGAAGACAGCGACGACCCCGAGGCUGAGGAGGAGACGGAGAGACAGUUCUUCGCGUCACGGCGCAAGUCGAAAGGCAUCGAGGCCCCCCACACACCCCGCGACGAGGACGAGGACGAGGACGACGCCAUGGACGAGGAUGACGCCAUGGACGAGGACGACGACAUGGACCAGGACGACGACGGGCAGUCUGGUCUGGCACGCGGCAACUCGAAGCGCAUGCCCGGGCCAGACAUCAGCGAGCGUGUGGAUUCCCCCCCUGCCGCUGAGCCACCUGCCAGCCUGCCGCCGCCCAACCAGGCCGCGUUGACAAAACGCAAGCCUGACCACAGCAUCAGUCCGGCCCGUCGGCGACAACAGAAGCGUACUCGAGAGGUGCAGGAAGGCGAGUUCGACGCGCCCAGGCCACUCACGAGCACCCCCGAAGCCGAAACCAACAUGCCUCAGCUGAUCCUGUCGAUACUCGGGUUCAUCCUCGUACGCUGCAACGUCCCUCCCGCCAAUGACCUUCCACGCGACGACAAAUGGGCUACGGUUGUGGCAGACGCACUCCUCGACUACGUACAUGUGAUUGACAUCCCGGACGACAGCUUCUGGCCGCGCGAGUUGCUUAUCGCAGCCGGCUACGUGAUGCUGCAUCGCGCCUCUAAUGUCAUCACGGCCCUCACAUUCCUGUUUGAAGCCGAGGUCGCGCACAGGUUCGUCAUGCGGUAUCGCGGUGACGACAACCCCUCGCAGCCCGCGGAAGACUCGAUUUUUGGCCUCAACAACGCCGACACAGAGGUGCCUCUAAUGAUCAUCAGGCACACACUCGUGGAGUUGUAUUUCUCGGUGCAAAAGCUCUGCAAACAUAUGCGUAAGCUUGUUCCGAAUGCGCUGAACCUGCAUUCCGACAGCGAUAUGUACCGCACCAUGUUCAUGUCCUCGGCAUACGGUGUCCAAGGUUUUCCUUUUGUGCACUCGGAUGAUGGAUAUGACGUGCGGGAACUUCACGUGGAUGUCGAUCUUCUCGUCGAGGAGAUUGCGCACUUCUUCCUGGCCGCCAAUGCUGGGUCGAACACAGACGAAGUGCCGGGGGAUAUGGGGAGCUUUUCCGGUUCCAAAAUGCCUUCCCACCACAAGCUCGACCACUGGACACGGUUCAGCGCUUUGGCCGGCCUGUGGAACAACAUCUCGCGCCGGUGCACCCUCCAGAUGCCGCUGGACAAGGUGGAAAUGCCUGAUCACGCCAUCUUCGUCGAGAAGAUCAUGCCUGCGCUUGACUGUACGUCGCACCUUUCAUCAGGAUGUACCUUGUGUGCGAUGCUUAUGUUUUCUGACUAUAAUGCGUAG